AGAACUAAGAAGUCAAGGGUAUUAUUAAAGAAAGAAAGAAAAAUAUUCGGGCAAGUUUCCCAUGAGUUAGAAAUCGUCAAUGUGCCCGCAAGUGUUGCAUGGGAGCUCUAAGGCACCCCAAGAUUCUGGAAGCUUAUCCAGAAGGGUUCAAGGAUGUCAUUCACAAGCUGGAGCUUGUAGAAGGAGAUGGAGGCGUCGGCACGAUUAUCAAACUUGACCUUGUACCAGAAUCAGGGGUAAUACCUGGGAUUACUUGGUACAAGGAAAAGUUCACCAAGAUUGACAAUGAGAAACGAGUGAAGGAGACAGAGGAUGUGGAAGGGGGAUAUCUGGAUUUGGGCUUCACUCUGUACAGAGUUCGGUUCGAGGUCAUAGAGAAAGAUAAGGAUUCAUGCAGCAUCAAGUCAACCGUUGAGUAUGAUAUCAAAGAGGAAGCUGCAGCUAAUGCCUCCAUCAUCACCAUUCAGCCACUGGCGAAGAUCGCAGAACUUGCAAAAGAUCAGCUCAUUAGCAUCAAAGCUUAAUUAAUUAAGCAUUUAAUUAUGUUGCAUGCACUUGCUUUGGUUUGGUUAACUUUCAUUAAGCAAAAUUAAUAAACUUAAUUAUCUAGCACUUGAUGUUGUGAGUUAAUAAAUUCGUGAAUAUACU